AUGUCAUCGGCAACUGUACGCAAACUGCAUUAUUUUGAUGGACGAGGUCGAGCUGAAGCUAUUCGAUUGAUUUUAGCUCUUGGUAAUGAAAAAAUUGAAGAGAAUCGUUAUACAUUUGAUGAAUGGCCAAAGAUUAAGCCUGAAAUGCCAUUAGGUCAACUUCCUGUAUUAGAAAUCAAUGGUGAAAAAUUUCCUCAAUCAGUAGCUAUUGCACGCUAUCUUGCUCGGCAAUUAAAACUCGGUGGCAAAAAUGACCUUGAAUCAAUGAAAUGUGACAUUAUUGUUGAUACAAUGCAAGAAAUCAAUGAGGGAUACUAUCGAGCAUGGUUCCAUAUUAAGGAUGAGCAAGAGAAAAAAGAAGAACAAAAGAUAUUUAUUAAUGAAGUUAUGCCUAAAAAAUUGCAAGGAGCUGAAAAACUUAUGGCUGCAUAUGGUAAUGGAGUAUGGACUGUUGGUGACAAUCCAACAUGGGCUGAUUUAGUCGUGUAUGACACGAUAGAAAAUCUUCUUAAAAUGGAUGGCCAAUUAUUGGAUAAACAUUCUAUAUUGAAAACAAAUCGUGAAGCUGUGGCAAAAUUACCGAAACUUGCUGAAUAUCUUGCCAAUAGAAAAGAAACAUCAUUUUAA